AUGGCUCCACCAAAGAAUGAACGGGCCUUCGAGGCAAACUCAUCCAUUGUCCUCGUCGGAUGCCGCGGGGCAGGGAAGCGGACCUUGGGAUUCAUGGGAGCUCUUCACCUACGCCGACGACUAGUCACAGAGGAGCACUACUUUGAGAAAACCACGGGAUUAUCACGUGGGGAGUAUCUCGCCCGACAUGGCAGGGAGGCCUUUGCCAGGCAGGAUAUCGAGGUGUUCAAACGAAUGUUGGACAGCAACAGGACCGGGUGUAUCAUCGAAUGUGGCAUGAGCAGCCUUACGGGAGAGGCACAGGACGCACUAAGACAGUACUCCAGCACCAACCCAGUCGUCUACAUUCACCGCGAAAAGGAGCAAAUUGCCCGGCAUUUGGACGCUGCCGACCUUCAACAGCUCCUGAAAGCCGACGAGCGGCAUAGAAGCUGCUCCAAUUUUGAGUACUACAACCUCUACGAUCCCCCAAACAAAUCUGGGGGUCACAUUUCGGGCACGAGCUCGGGGGCCAGCACACCACUGAAUGGCCGACAGUCUGGGCCAUCGAAGCUUUUAAGUGCCAGGGAAGAUUUUACCAGAUUUCUCGACAUCGUCACAGGGAGGGGCGCCACCAAGGCCUGGUUGGAGAGCCCAUUUUCUGUGAGCUCAGUGCCACCGGAAUUCCGGUCAUAUUCCUACGCGUUGCGACUCAGACUAUCCUAUUUGAUGGACAUGGAUCUGGAAUGGGAGGAUUUUGAGGCGAGAGGAGAUUGCGUCGAGUUCAUCAUCGAUCACUGGCCAGACGAUCUGAUGAACGUUAUUGCGAGACAAAUCGCCUUGAUAAGGAGAAAACUCGGCAUUCCAAUCAUCUACCAUGUGGAAGAAAACCCACGAGGGGAAAGAAGACGAACGCCGGAAGAAAAAGACGCCAUGGAUGCUGACUUGUUGGAGCUGGGCCUCCGUCUCGGCGUUGACUAUAUCAGCCUAGAUCUCCAGCGCCAUGACGAGUUUGUGAACCGGGUACUACGGCACAGAGGAAGGUCAAAGAUCAUUGGGAACUUCUGGUACAUGGGCUUUGGGGCCCUUGCUUGGCAGGACGACAGACAGAUGGAAAACUACAAGAGGGCUCAGGGGCUAGGGUGCGAGGUGGUGCGGAUGGUCCGCUUCUGCACAAAUGACAGCCCGGCUGAGCUUCUGGAAGGCUUCAAGAGGAGGCUACAGCAAGAAGUACCAGACCCAAAGCCACCACUUGUGGCCUACGACUUUUCCGUCCUCGGCGUUCGGACACCACUGCAAAGCAGGAUUUUGAAUCCCGUGAAGCAUCCAGAUAUGGAGAAUGAGCGAGACCACCUUGCCACGGUCUCUACCUACUAUCACUCGUAUGAGUUGCUUUUCCGGCAGUUUCUUCUGGAUCCGCUGCAGUUUUACGUGCUCGGCUCCCACGUAUCAUAUUCGCUAUCACCGGCCAUGCAUAGUGCGGCCUACGACUUCUGCGGGAUGCCACACACUUUCCAGGAUGUAACGUGCUCUACGAUCGACAGGCUGAACCAGAUCUGCCUAUCAGACUCUUUUGGGGGGGCCAGCUUGACAGCCCCUUUCAAGGUUGCCAUCAUGCCCCAUCUCAAAGUCAAGAGCCACCAUGCCACCGCGAUAGGAGCAGUCAACGUACUGCUUCCACUCAGGGGAAAGACGAGCGCCAUUCUCGACCAUGCCAACUCUCGAAACAAGGCCGGGCCUGCACGCGAGUUCUUUGGUGAUAAUACCGACUGGAGCUCCAUUCUGACAUGCCUUCGGAGGGCUAUCAGUCCACGGAAUUAUGUCCAGCCAUCUAAAACUACCGGGUUAGUUGUUGGCGCCGGUGGCAUGGCCAGAGCUGCCAUCUAUGCGCUGAUUCAGCUGGGAUGCCGUAAUAUCUUUAUCUACAACCGAACAGCACCAAAUGCCAACCAAGUUGCACAGCACUUCAACGACUGGGCGGCAACACAGGGAAUUGUGGGCACAAAAGGAGGGUCACAUGAGAUCUGCCGAGUCCUUCCAUCGCUGUCAGAGCCAUGGCCUCGGGCCUACCAACCUCCCACGAUGGUGAUCUCCUGUGUUCCAGCUACCAGCGCGAAUGGGUCCGCGCCUGCUGAUUUUGAGAUGCCUCUGGACUGGCUUAGGAGUCCGACUGGUGGCGUCGUGGUCGAGUUGGCCUACGAGCCUCUGGUAACUCCAUUGGUAGCCCAGAUGCAUGCUGUCAGAGACCACAUGUCGCCAUCAUGGGUGGUCGUCGACGGGUUGGAGGUGGUCGCGGAAAUGGCCAUCGAGGCCUUUGAGCUGAUGACUGGGCGCAUGGCCCCCAAGAGGCUCAUGAAGGAGGUGUGCAGGAAAACGUGGGAGCAGCAGCAACAACAGCAGCGCCAAGGCAGCGAGAUGGCAAUGUCGUCUUACUGA